AUAUAUAUUUAUAUUUUUUUAAUUUUAUAUGAGAUCUCCAGCUGUUGUUUUCAGAAAGGUUAGCCUGACACUGAACUAUCUUUGUGACGAGGGGAGACUGCUGAAAUCACCGGUUCGCUUAAUGGCAGCCGAUGAGAGAUCAACAUAUGAGGAUGUGUACACUCUACCAGUCGGCAUCCGCACGGUCAACGUCACCAGCACACAGUUCCUCAUCAACAACAAGCCCUUCUACUUCCAUGGAGUCAAUAAGCAUGAGGACUCUGACAUUCGAGGUAAAGGCUUCGACUGGCCCCUGAUCGUCAAGGACUUUAACUUACUGAAGUGGUUGGGGGCGAACUCGUUCCGCACCAGUCACUACCCGUACGCUGAGGAGAUCCUGCAGAUGUGUGACCGCCACGGCAUUGUAGUGAUAGAUGAGUGCCCAGGGGUGGGCAUCAAAGACAUUCGCAGUUUUGGAAACGCUUCCCUGGCCCAUCACCUGGACGUCAUGGACGAGCUCGUACGUCGGGACAAGAACCAUCCCUCUGUGGUGAUGUGGUCGGUAGCCAAUGAGCCGGCUGCAGAGAUGCCCCCUGCUGAAUUCUAUUUCAAGACGGUGAUAAAACACACCAGAGAUCUGGAUCCAACCAGGCCUGUCACUUACAUCACAGACAGUAACUAUGCCAGAGACAGAGGGGCUCCCUAUGUGGAUGUAAUCUGUGUGAACAGUUACUUCUCCUGGUACCAUGACCCAGGACACCUGGAGGUCAUCCCCAUCCAGCUCAACUCUCAGUUUGAGAACUGGUAUGGAAAGUACCAGAAACCCAUCAUCCAGAGCGAAUACGGAGCAGACGCAGUGCCGGGACUCCACAGUGAUCCACCUGUGAUGUUUUCUGAGGAAUACCAGAAGGUCGUGCUGCAGAGCUACCACAGCGUGUUGGACCAGAAGAGGAAGCAGUAUGUCAUUGGUGAACUCAUCUGGAACUUUGCUGACUUCUUGACUGCACAAGGGAUCACUCGUGUGGUGGGGAACAAGAAGGGUGUAUUCACCAGGCAGCGGCAGCCCAAAGCAGCAGCAUUCAUCUUGAAGGAGAGAUACUGGAGACUGGCAAAUGAAACGAGGAGACUACCUCCGUGGACCAAGUACCCCUGUCCACUCUGACACCCGCAGGUUGGAGCGCCCAUCCCAGGACAGGCUUGAUCCCAUGUAAACAAACACUGUGCCUCAUGGAAAAAGGUUGUUAAUUUCUCGAGGCAGUUUAGCACAUUCCGAACAAUUCCUUUGAAGACACUUCAGUGUGUAUACAUAUGACCAAACUACCAUGUAACACAAUUUAGUUUUGCUUUUCUUGUGGUCUACAAAUACAAGAUAAACUACAAAUAUGGAAUAUUUUCAGAAUAUAAAAGCAAUUUUUUGGUGCUAAUCAAAUUUGGUGUCUAGUGUCUCAUCAUGCUGCAUUCACAAGGAAUCAGACAGACUGUAGACGACAAACAGGAUAUCAAUUUAAUGGACGAAAGCAGGGUGAUAGGUGAGGCUGGCAAAGAAUACUGGCAACAACAGCAGACAGCAUUGAUGUCCAAAGUUUAAAUAUUUUAACUGCUGUCCUCCACAACAGAAAUUACAAGUGGACGUUACGUAGCUCCCUCAUGAAAGGCGGUGACAUAUGAUGGAUUUACUGUUUCUCAGACUACAAGUAAGACAAAAAUUAGCAAGCGAGCACAGCCUAAUACCCCCUGCCUUACUCCCGGCCACAAGGACACUACAUACAUAGAAGUCAGUCUACAGGUUGCUAUGGGCAACAAAGAAAGUCAUUUUUUUAAGGUCAAUAAAAUCUGUUCACCCAUCAGCAAUAAAAAACAAAUACAUAUAAAUAAUUACAUACAGAACCUUUAAUGUUAAUAUUCAGUUUGCAAUAUAAUAUUAACAGAAAAAUAAUAACGAAAUAAUUUAAUUUAACCUGAUAUAUUUUAUUUCAUUCUUUGUUAACAAUACAUCACCAUAGCAACAUAUCGUCACGCAUGUUCCGUUUUGUCGUUUAUUCCAUCCAGAAGGGGUUCUCCAUCUGCCUGAAUUCAUGUGAAUGCACCAUCAAUAGUGAAAUCCACAUUUUGAUGGUGUCACACUUUAUUACAGGACAUUCUGAUACACAUCUGUGAGGCAGUGCUUUCCAUUGCUAUCAUAAAAAGGUCAAGGUCACAUACCAAUCAAAUUCCUUCAUAAGUGAUUGGCUGUCCUCCAGUUAGCUGAUACGAGUUACACCUGGCACAGACAGCACAUCAAAAUACAAAGACACUGUACUAUUUUCCUUUCCUUCAUAUGUUUGUUUGAGGGAUUAUUUUCAGUGUUUUAGUAGUUUGAUAUAAAAACUGUUGGGGAGUUUUAGUGUUUCCCAAGGAUACUUAAUACAUGUUGAUGUGAAUCGCAAUGCUGAACCUAAUCAUAGAAGUGUUUUAUUUUUAUAUGUGAAAUUUUGAUAUGAAUCAAGUUAUUAAAGACAAAACAUGGACCCAAUAUGCAAACUUUUUUUAUUUUUCAAAGCACUCGUGACGUUACUUUUGUACUAAGCAGCCUUUGUGCUGUUCCUCUAUGUCACUGCGACUGAAUGUUCUCAAAAACUCAGCACGCACCUAAAGGGUUAAGUUCGUGUUGGUUGUUGAUGGUGGCGUGACUGUAAUCGUACAUUUUUUUUACUAUCAGUGACUCUGCAUGCUCCCUCAUCACACCACCGACCUUCAUGUAACAGCUGGACGAAUACUGAAUAGAUUUGUUGUCGACAUGCUGUAGCCACCAGAGCAGUAAACGUAUUCACAGGAUGUCAUUGACAUUUUAAAAGCAAUAAAAACAGUCCUUUUAGUAUUUGUGAUGCUUUUAUAGAUUUGAUCCAGCUGUACUCGCCAUUUACACAAUAACUGUUGCACAACUUGAGAUUAAUGAGUCAUUUAACACAGUGCUUUGAACAACUUCCUUAAGACAUUAAUCUAAUGAACUGAAUCUGUAUCAGUCACAGUGACUCAGGGUUCAGACACAUGGUUCACUUGGCAGCCGGAGAGAUAGUGUGUACUUAGUUUUAAUAUCCUCUGUCACAUAUGGUUUGUGUUCAAUAGCAUUUUAUUGCAUUUGCAGCCAGUAGUUUUUCCUGUUGAUGAAUCUGAAUCCUUCAGUGCCUUAUUAAAUCUAUAUGGCUUAGGUUUCUGAAAAUUCGUAGAUGUAAAUAAGUGUUAAAAUAAAAACUUAAAUAAAUGAUAUUCAAAGUACUAAAAACCCAAGCAUUGUCUGAUGUAGGGGGUUACUUUAGCUAAAUUGCUACCUAAUUACAAUUUUUGAAAUAGGUCCGGUACUGAGGAAAAACACUGCAGACUGCAGCAGCUAAACAGGCUGCAAUGUAACCACUUGGGGCAUGUUCGCAUCAUCAAUUUACAUCCACCAAAAGUAUUUGUUUUUGACACUGACAGGCUUAGACAUAGCCCCGGGCCUCCUCGAUUUACUAGUCCAUCUACGUCCCAAUUUUUCCCAAUUUUCAAUUUACGUCCAGUGAAAGUACUCCAUCUUCACCACAGGUUCAUAUCUUCAGAUUCAGAUUUUUUUUUGUCAGACAACAUUAUGGAAUGGAUCCUUACAGAGAUAGACCUUUUUGUUAAAGUGCAAGAUAAUUUUUGUUUAACCAGAAACAUACUGAAAUUGCCAUCGCCAAACCAGACUCCAUCUACAUAAACAGUAAUUUUAGCGUGUAGAGGACCAGCAUCUAACUGGAUGAAUUAAGGAUUUAUUUAAAACAAACCAGAGUUGGUGACUGAACAAUGGAAAGAGGGACUCUUUU